UACUCCAAUAAUAUGCCCAGCAUAUUAGUAUAAUUAACAAAAUAUGACAUAAUGAUUACUAAUUAGCAUUGAUAAACUGCCGUGACCCGUACGAGUGUAUAAUAUUUUUAAUCUACCUACGAAUACGCUAUUGGCCAGAAUACAUAAUAACACUGUGUACGAGAUUCCGUCUUACUAUCGGGUGUCGAGGUAUUUCGUUCUGUACUAAACACACGAACAGAUUGGCCGUGCCGCAUUUGUUAUCCACUCUUUGCAGAUUUAAUAUAUAAUUAUUACUCGUGCUAGGUCGUUGAGAUUUUGGUAGGUAUUUUACUUAUAGGGGCCGGUCGGGUGCAAGUGACGAACACAACUAAUUCAGGUGUACAUCGCCCUUUAGAGAUGGCGACCAGAUGGGGAGUAAUAGGCACCAGCAAUAUUUCGCACGAUUUUGCUGUGGCCAUGAGUACGUUGCCACGGACAGAACACUUGAUCACAGCAGUGGCGUCUAAAGACAAGGCGAGAUCUCAAGAAUUCGCUGAACAGUUUGACAUUCCCAAGGCGUACGAUUCUUAUUCUCUCGUGGCAACCGACAACGAAGUAGACGUUGUUUAUGUGGGCACCCUCAAUGAACACCAUUACUCUGUCAGUCGCUUAAUGUUGGAACACGGCAAAAAUGUUUUAUGCGAAGAACCAUUCUGUCAGAAUACUGAGCAAGUCCAACAGCUCGUUGAACUUGCAAGGUCCAAAAACUUGUUUAUUAUGGAGGCCAUGUGGAUGUUUUUCACUCCAGCAUUUACUAUUUUAAGAGAAGAAAUCAACAAAGGUACAAUUGGUGAACCGUUGCAAAUAAUUUCUUCAUUCGGUACACCGAUGUCUGAAUCACUUAUUCAACAGCGAAAUAGUGGAGGUUCAAUAUUAGAGUUAGCUGUAUUCUCAGUUUACAUGAGCCAAUUCCUGUUUGGACCUGAAAAGCCUCAAAUCUAUGGCGCUUGUGGACAAUUGACAGAAUCUGGGUUUGACAAGGAUGCAAGUGUAAUUUUAAAAUACAGCAAUGGCAGAAUUUCUACAUUUUUAAGCCAUUUCAAAGUUGACCUACCCAAUGAGGCAAUUGUAUUUGGCACUAAAGGAAAUAUUAAAUUAUACGAUCCAUUCUGGUCAGCGACUAAAAUGUCUGUAAACGGAACAGACAUUAAUAUAGAUGUGCCUCCUACAAAAAAAUCAACAAGAUAUGGAAAUAGUGUGCAACUAAUCUACGAGAUUCAAGAAGUUAGAAAUUGUCUUCUGAAAGGUUUAAAUGAGAGCAGUAUAGUUCCAUGGUCAUUAAGUAUUGAGAAUGCAAUUUUAGUUGAAGAUAUAAGGAAAAAAUUGGGAGUAACUAUUUGUAAAUAAUAUAAAAACCGAUUUUGGUAGAUAACUUAUAUUUUAAAUUUUAUGUUAUUGUUGCAAAUAAAAAUUAUUUACUUGUUGAUUUGUAAUUAAGUUAUGUAAUAAAAUAUUAUUUUGUUGAUGCUCAAAAAUAUAUUGAUGAAAUUAUCAAAAUUAUAGGUAAAUAUACUUGAAUUGCUUUCUAUUGUGCAUGCUAUA